GCCGACCUGCUAAGAAGGAGGACUUCCAGAGCGCGAUCGAAUAUCAUCACAAUUUCAUCCGAAACUAUCCGCGCAAGACGCUUCUCAAGGAUGCCCAGAUGAAAAGGAACGGAAAGGCGUGGGAAGACACCCAAGAGGGUACUGCAGUUUAAGACUAAGCUAGAUGUGUCCUAGUUAGUAUGUAGCGUCUUGUGCUAAGGUCUAGCUCUAGCUCUAGACCCAUGAUAAUUCUCUACUUCAUGUUCGCCAGCACCACAUCAUCAUCAACAUCAUGUCCGAAACCAAAUCCCAUGGCAUUUCUCCAGUUCCUCAUCGGGGUCUAUUUCUAUACUCUAUACAACUACAGCGAUGCUCUACGUGGACGGAUUUCAAAUUACGGAAGAAAUGGCGCGAAAGCUGCCGCAUGUCUUCGAGAGAUACCGCAACAAAUACGCUGUGUUUGGUGGUAAUCAUACCACCCAAGCUGGAAUCGAG